ACACAACAGAGAGCCGGUUCGGAUUAUAAGCCGGUCCGAGUUCCAUAAAGCUGCUAAACCCUAGACCGGACCUGCUAUCUGGUCUGGCAACGGACAUGAGAGGGCUUUCUUCUCUAGCUUCUAGGGCUUCUCCUGCAAUCAAGAAUCUCUCUGAAGAAGCAUACAAUCAUAGAAAAUUCAAUAAAGAAAACCCCACAAAACGCAAACCCAAAGCAGCUCUCAAUCCAAGGCCUACAGACAGGCUUGCAACUCCUUCAAGAGGUAAGUCUGGUUCCAAGAGUUCUAGUUUGUUUUUCAAUUCAAACAGCCUCAUUUCGGAUCAUAAUCAGGAAUUUCGCGUUAAAUCGAUCGAUCAUCAAUAUAUUUCCGAGAUUUUGUCGAGAGAGGACUGGUUUUUAUUAAUAAACCACGAGUAUAAGGCGAAGAGGAUCAGUUUGAAUCCUCGGUUGGUGGUGAGCAUUCUGCAGAACCAAGAAAACCAAUUACAUCCUCUGAGAUUUUAUAUCUGGGUUUUGAAGAUCAACCCGUUGUUAGCUAAGAAUCAGUCCGUUCGGGUUGCUUUAGCGAAUGUUCUUUAUAGGAAAGGUCCUGUUAUAUUGUCUGUUGAAUUGCUGCAAGAUAUUAGAAAUUCAGGUUGUGCGAUUACCGAAGACUUGCUUUGCAUUUUAAUUGGUAGUUGGGGGAGGUUUGGAUUGGCGAAGUAUUGUGCAGAAGUUUUUGGGCAGGUUUCGUUUUUGGGUCUUAGUCCAAGCACUAGGUUGUAUAAUGCGGUCAUUGAUGCAUUGGUGAAAUCCAAUUCACUUGACUUGGCGUACUUGAAAUUCCAACAGAUGUCUCUGGAUAACUGCAAUCCUGAUAGGUUCACAUACAAUAUUCUUAUUCAUGGAGUUUGCAGGAUAGGUGUGGUGGAUGAGGCACUUCGUCUAGUUAAGCAGAUGGAGAGCUUGGACUGUUCACCUAAUGUUUUUACUUAUACCAUUCUAAUUGAUGGGUUUUGUAAUGCGAGAAGGUUUGAUGAAGCCUUUAGGGUUUUAGACACAAUGAAGGGUAGAAAUGUGAGUCCUAGUGAUGCCACAUUUAGGUCAUUAGUUCAUGGGUUGUUUCGCUCUAUUGACCCGUCUAAGGCAUUUGAGUUGUUAUCAAGAUUUUUAGAGAAGGAAGCUGUCUUGCCUAAAGUAGUUUGUGAUACCAUAUUGUGUUGCCUCUCAAAUAGCAAGAUGCCAAAAGAGGCAGCCUUGUUUUUGAGGAAAGCACAAGAGAAGAGUUAUUUCCCUGACAGUUCAACAUUUAACAUUAUAAUUACUUGUUUGAUUAGAGGACUGGAUGUCAAUGAGACAUGUGAAAUAUUGGAUAGUUUUGUUGAGCAAGGUUUGAAACCAUGUUUUAAUACUUACAUUUCACUUAUUGAAGCUUUGUUCAAGGCAGGAAGAGAUGGGGAGGGGAAUCGUUACUUGAAUGAGAUGGUCCAAGUUGGACUUGUAUCAAAUGCUUUUUCAUACAACAUGGUUAUUGAUUGCUUCUGCAAAGCUAGUAUGAUGGACAGAGCAUCAGAGACUUUCAGAGAAAUGAAGGAAAGUGGCAUUGAUCCUAACAUUGUUACUUUCAACACUCUUAUUAGUGGGUACUCAAAGAAUGGGGAGAUAGGCAAGGCAAGAGCUCUGUUGGAGAUGCUUUUGGAGUAUGGAUUCAAGCCUAAUAUCUUUACUUUUAGUUCUAUGAUAGAUGGCCUUUGUCGGGCACACCAGAUCAGUGAUGCUUUUAAUUGUUUCAAUGAAAUGGUAGAGUGGGGUGUUGCUCCAAAUGCUGUCACAUACAAUAUCUUGAUCCGCUCUUUGUGUGUUGUUGGGGAUGUUGCAAAAUCAAUGAAACUUUUAAGAAGGAUGCAAGCUAAUGGAAUAAGCCCAGACGUAUUCUCUUUCAAUGCUCUCAUUCAAAGUUUUUGUAGAAUGAAUAAGGUUGAGAAAGCACAAAACCUUUUUGUUUCCAUGUUGGCAUUGGGCUUGAGUCCCGACAAUUUUACAUAUUGUGCUUUUAUUAAGGCAUUGUGUGAAUCAGGGAGAUUUGAUGAGGCAAAAGAGUUGUUCCUCUCAAUGGAAGCAAAUGGAUGUAUUCCUGACUCUUAUACAUGUAACUUAAUUAUUGAUGCCCUAAUCCAACAGGCCCGGUUUGAAGAGGUCAAGGUUAUAGCAAGGAAAUAUAGCAAUCAGGGAAUUUCCCCAAAUUCUAUACCCGUUUUAUAGGAUUGGGCUUCUUCCAGAUUGUGAUUUUUGGUUCAUGAGUUUGUGCUGCUUUUCUAAGCUUUUGGCUUUGAAGACAGAUCCAGCCAUCAUGAUUCAUGACUUCUUGAUGUUGUACCUUCUGCAUUCAUGGAAUCAAGUGAUCAUAGCAUGGAUUGGGCUACUUCCAUGAUAACAGGAAGGAUAGAGGAACUGCUUCCUAGACAUGGUGUUACAUGGUAAUAUUAGAUUGAAGGUGGUGGUCAGGAGAUGGCCACUGGAUGCAGCAGUCUGUAAAUCUUUCUGCAUAAUCUUACAUGCUCGGAUCACUUGGAGGGGAUAUUCAGAUGGACUUGGGCCUUGUUAGCAAGACAAAUAUGUUUUCUGAUGAUUUUAAAGAAGUCAUGGCCCUAGAGGAUAUAGAGGAAGAGCAGCUUACAUGGCAGGUAGUUCAGCUGAGGCUUUGUUGAGCUGAGCUGAGCUGAAUUCAGGAAACAUCUGAUAUCUAGUGGAAUUGCAAUCCUGUUCGCACUGUUUCAAACUGCAUUGGGGAUGAAUUCAUUUUGUUCCUGACAGCAUUAAAUAUGUAACAAUCUUGUAACAUGUAUAUUUGCAUUUCUUUUAUAAUAAUGCUUAUGGUGUCAAGUCCAGUUCUUGUGAAUUGACCCCAGUCUGAAUCUGUUUCCUCAAUUGUUCCGGAAAAUGAAAUGGAAUUAUUUUUCUUCUAUACGA